AUGCCAGAAAGUGAUUCCUCCUCACCUUCAAAUUCUUCCUCUUCUUCAUCAGCAUUUUCUUCAAUAUCCAAUAAUAAAAAACAUUUUACUUUUCAACGUUCCUCAACAGAAACUUUAGCCAAUUCAAAUACUUUCUCUUUAGCACAUCCACAACAAAUAAAAAGUCCUAGAUGUAAAUUGCCGCCACUUCCUCCUCCUCUUCCAAACAACAACAAAAAUAUUCCGGUGCCUUCAUUUACAAAAAGUCCCCCCAAAUCAGUUGCUUUUCAAUCUCCAAAAUAUUUUAUUUCAAGAAAUAUAAGUACUCCCUCAUGUUGUUAUGGAAGUAGUGAAAUAUAUGAGGAAUUAGCAACAGAUUAUCAAGAAGAUAUUGCAGAACCUCCUUAUUUAAAAAGAUUAGUCAACAACAGAUUACCUCCCCCAAUUACUCGACCACCACCUUUACCUCCAGAACAAUUUAACAAUAAUUGUUGUUGUGAAAAAGAAACAGAAAAUAGUCAUGGAAAUGGAAGGGAAGAAGGAAUUAAACAAAAAAUAAAUAAUUUUGGAAAUAAUUGUAAAAGUGAAAAUAAAUUUCCAAUAAAAACACCUCCUCCAAACAAUACUCUUCCAAAAUGGAUGUCUACAGAAAAUGAAAAACAAAAUAAAGGAAUGUUAUCCUCCCCAAAUAUUUGGACAUCAACAAAAGAAAAUAAUGAAUAUAUUUGUAGACAAAAAAGAACUUAUGUUUAGA